AUGGAUGACCAGAGCGACGGCGUUAUCCUGGUCAUGGGUGUAACUGGUGCUGGAAAAAGCUACUUUCUGAACCAGCUAAAGCGUCAUUCGGUCGUAGAGGGCCAUUCCCUAUUUUCUGAAACUCGUGAGUGUCAGGCAGUUGAGAUAAUUCUCGAUGAUGAAGACCAGAAGCGAAGUAUCACGGUUGUCGAUACGCCAGGCUUUGAUGACACAGAACGAUCUCAAGCGGAUAUUCUCGCAGAGAUCACUAAUUAUCUGGCGGCUCAACAUCUCUCGGGCUUACCGCUCCGAGGAAUUCUGUAUCUGCACAAGAUUACGGAGAAUCGAAUGACCAGAACGUCGCAAGAUUACCUUCAACUUCUUCAGGAUAUUGUUGGAGAUGAUGCGCUCAAGAAUGUCAUUCUAGUCACAACCAUGUGGAAUACUCUUCGUCCCGAAGACCGCAAACGUGCUGUACAUCGUGAGCAGGAACUUCUCAAUAACUUCUGGAGCCCAAUGAUAAACAAAAGCGCAUUCGUUGCACAGUUUAACGGCACAGCCGAGUCAGCCUACAACCUGGUCUAUCAGCUCGCAGACCAGGAGAGUGUCGUUCUUGACAUUCAGAAGGAAAUUGUUGAUCAGGAUCGAUCGAUCAUCGAAACUGCCACUGGAAUCAGCCUGGUCCGACAGCUCCAAAAGGACCAUGAGCCGUAUCAACUCAAGUUGUGCAACCUUCGUGAUGAGUUGGAGCGAAUACAAGGGUUGCAACCACCAGACAAGGCAGAGCUACGUCGGCUGAAGAGUGAGAUUGAUCAAACUGAGAAGCUUCUACGAACCAUGAGUGACUCGGUCAAUCGGCUACGAAUUAAGCCCGGUGCCCCAAUGCGACUUCGCAUGAAGCAGGCUAUAAGGGAAUCUGGUCAGACUGCUGCAAUGGUUCUUGGCUUAGUAUUGAACGUGACAUACGUUGCAGUCAAGCUCAGUCUGGGAAUUUAA